AUGGCCUCGGCUGGCAGCGGGCCCCGGAAGCCUCGGCUGGCGGCCUCGCUGCCCGUGAGCCCCCGGCGGCCCCCCGCGGGCCUGGGCCACGGCAUCUGGGGGCCCGCGCCCGGCCUGGAUGCGGAUGACCGGGAGGCCGGCGGGCAGCUGGGCCUGGCGGUGGGGGACAGUUGGUCCCGCAUGGGCGCCAGCGUCGGGGACCUGGGUGCAGCCUGGGCGCGGGAAGACAUGGGUGGGCAGACGGGGAGGGGCCCGAGGGUCUCCGUGCCGCCCACAGGGUCCGUGGGGGACAUCCCGAAGGCGGCCGGACACCUGGGCCUGCAGCUGCAGGACGAGUCCCAGCCGGCCACCAGCUUGUUCGCCCAGUACGCGGCCAGCCUGGGCGUUUCUCUGACGUUCCACGAGGACCAGCUCGCAGACCCCGGCUUCCCCUUAUCCGUGCGCUCGGACCUGGGGGGGGUGGUCUGCCCGGCGGACCUCGGCCACAGCAAGGCGGAGACGGAGCAGCAGGUAGUCCUGUCCAGCGAGGGCUACACGUGCGGACAGUCCGAGAGUCCAGGGCCCCCGGAGACCCCCAGCAGGCCUCCCCAGCCCGCCCUGAGCAUCGAGAGCAUACUGACCCACGAGCAGCGCUGCGCAGCGGUGGUCAGCGCUGCCUUUGACCGCCUGGUGGCCGCCGCCUCUCCGUACCAGGCCUGCAAGGGGACCGUGGCCGCUGUCAUCCUGGAGAGAGAGGUCCCGGGCGCCAGGGCCCACGCCAAGGAGACCUACGAGCUGGUGGCCCUGGGCACGGGUGACGGCAGCUGUAGCGGCUGGCUGGAGUUCUCGGGCCGGCAGCUCCACGACAGCCACGGGCUGGUGGUGGCCCGGCGGGCCCUGCUGAGGUUCCUGUACCGGCAGCUCCUGCUGGCAGCACACGGGGGCCCCGAGGGGAAGGAGCGGUCAGUGCUGGCCCUGCAGCUGGGGCCCGGGCCCCCCUUCGUCCUCAAGCCACGCAUCUUCCUGCACCUCUACACCAGCAACACCCCCCAGGGAGCGGCCCACGACAUCUGCCUGCCGCACAGCCCCGCCCUGCGCCUGCAGGCCCACGUGCGUGGGGAGCUGCGGCCCGUGUGCUACCUGGCGCCCGCGCUGCGUGACACCCACGUGGGCUGCCUCUCGGCCAGUGACAAGCUGGCCCGCUGGGCGGUGCUGGGCCUGGGCGGCGCCCUGCUGGCCCACUUCCUGCCGCCGAUCUAUGCCACCAGCCUGGUUCUGGCCGACCCCUGCCACGACGCCCCCACGCUGGACAGGGCCAUCCACAGCCGGCCCUGCCUGGACGGGGCGCUGGGGCCCAGCCUGCCCCCCCCUUACACACGCACCACGCUGCAUCUCUUUGCCGGGCCCCCCGUGGCCCCCUCCGAGCCCGUGCCCCCCAGCUGCCAAGGCCUGAGCCUCAACUGGAGCCUGGGGGACCCCGACGUGGAGGUCGUGGACGUGAGCACUGGCCGCGUGAAGGCCAAUGGGGCGCUGGGGCCCCCGUCCCGCCUCUGCAAGGCGGCCUUCCUCCACGCCUUCCGCCAGACGGCCCGCGCCCUGGGCAGGCCCCACCUGCUCGCCCUGAAGACCUACGAGGCAGCCAAGGAGGGGCCCUACCAGGAGGCUCGCCGGCAGCUGUCUCUCCUGCUGGACCAGCAGGGCCUGGGCUCCUGGAUGCCGAAGCCACUGGUGGGCAAAUUCAGGAACUGA